AUGGACCGCAUACGGAAGAUGUUCGCCGAGCGGCCGGAACCUCAGGAGUAUGCGCCCCUCGCUCCGGCGGCGCGGGAUGCAGAGUCCGAGUCGUUCUUGGAGGGCGAAGUGGAGGAGGGUAACGAAGAAGAUUGCCCCUUCUCGUGGGUCGAGUAUUCCAUCUUUGCGCUCAUCGGCGUUGCCAUGCUAUGGGCUUGGAACAUGUUUCUUGCGGCUGCUCCUUACUUCCAGAAGCGAUUUGAAUCCAACGAGUGGAUAGCGCAGAGGUUCCAGUCAGCAAUCAUUACCAUCUUCUCGCUGAACAGCCUGGCUGCCAUGUUCAUUCUUGCCACGAGGCAGUCCUCGGCCUCCUACCCGUUCCGGAUCAAUGCUUCCUUACUGUUCAACGCGGGCGUGUUUACCCUCCUCGCUCUGUCUACGGUCUGGUUCCUAGACGUCUCUACGGGGGGUUACUUGGCCUUCCUUUUGAUCAUGAGCGCUGCUUCGUCGUGGGGGACCAGUCUCUUGCAGAACGGCGCGCUCGCCUUCGCUGCCAGCUUUGGGCGGCCAGAGUACACGCAGGCCAUCAUGGCGGGCCAGGGGAUCGCCGGCGUCCUGCCGGCGACUGCGCAGAUCGUCUCGGUCCUAGCCGUGCCUCCUUCGGGCCCUUCGGAGUCUACGCGUGACGACAUCGCUCCGCCACCCCAGGAGGCUGGCCGGGCCGCCUUCAUGUACUUCCUCACGGCCGUGGUGGUCUGCAUCGCGGCAUUCCUCUCCUUCAUCCCCCUGGUGCGCCGCCACAACAGGCUCAUCGAGAGACGCCUGGAGGAGACGAUGGCGCAGAGCCGGGCCUCGGUGGAGGAGGCCGAGCGGGCGGCGCGCAAGGUCGUCGGGCUCGGCACGCUGGCCCGCAAGCUGCGCUGGGUGGGCGGGUCGGUCUUUGUGUGCUUCACCGUGACCAUGUUCUUCCCCGUCUUCACGGCCAAGAUCCUGUCGGUUCGCCCCGCCCCCGAGCAGGGCCGGCUCUUCCAGCCGGCGGCCUUCAUCCCGCUCGGCUUCUUCUUCUGGAACCUGGGCGACCUCGCGGGCCGCGUGGCGACGCUGCUGCCGAUCUCGCGGCUCGUGCGGCGCCGGCCGAGGCUCAUGCUCGCCCUGGCCGCGGCGCGCCUCGCCUGGCUGCCGCUGUACGCGCUGUGCAACGUCGGCGGGCGCGGGGCCGCGGUCGCCAGCGACGCGUUCUACCUGCUGGCCGUGCAGCUCACGUUCGGGCUGACCAACGGGUGGCUGGGGUCGAGCGGCAUGAUGGCGGCGGCGGACUGGGUCGAGGAGGGCGAGCGGGAGGCGGCGGGCGGGUUCAUGGGGCUGUGCCUCGUCGCUGGGCUCGGGGCGGGCAGCGUGUUGAGCUUCAGCGCUGCGGGUCUUUAG